AUGUCAACUAAACUUACAAAGAAGCCAAGCAGCAAAAGGAAAAAGCACCCAAAGAACACUACAAAGUUUGAAGUUCUUACCCAACUUGGUCUGGAAGAUUUCUAUCCUUCCCAACUGGAACCAGCAUCAAUAUUGGACCUCAGCACCUGGAUCCUGGACAAUCUAACUGCCAGAGAACCCAAUGACCUGCCUAAAUCUUUCCUUCAAAGGCUUUGGCUUCUUCGCCCAGAUGCUCGGCAUACUUGUUGCAAGGCCCUAUCAGAUGCUACAGAAAACCUUGAAAAGAAGCCUGCCAAUUUAGUAGGAUCGAUUGCCUGUACAAUCCACCCUCUUGAUUUAGUAACUGCUGUCUAUCAAUGUUCCAACACUUUCCUUCAGCAGGAAAUGACAGCACAUAUGCUGCACUGCCGUUUUGCCGUGCCCCUGGUUCUUCCAUAUGUAGAUGACAAAGAACCAAGUAGCUUCCUCCUUUGGCCUUUAAGAGGAGUUGUGAGACAAUGGCAUUCCCAGUCUGUAGAUGGUGACCAGAAAAUCCAAGAAGCAAUUUUGGCAAGCACGUCCAUGCCAAUAAUCUCUUGUGUAAGGCUUGGUUCAUGCAGUGUCUCCAAGUCUGAGGUGCUAAAUCAUGUCAUCAGCAGUGAAACAUUUGUCCACAAAGGUAUGGAAGGAGGACAAUUACCCCGAAACCUCUCCAACGGUCUUGUGGAGACUGCAUGGUAUCUUCCUUUAGGGGACCCUGUCAAAGACAACUUUGUAGUUCCAGUGGUCUUCUGUAAUCUACGAGGAGAUGCAUGCAUGCACGAAAAAUGUCUGUCCCUUCUCAGCCAAGCCUCUUCAGCAGUUAUUGUCUUGUGUGAAAACCCUGAAGGGAGAGAGAAGCAACUUCUCGCCUCCUGGCAAGAUAUUACCGCCAAGCUCAUUGUGAUUGACCUCUCUAAGACCAAGACCACAGAGGACAGAAUGGUCAAGUUUUCUGGUAAGAACCUUCAGGAGGAGUUAGGACUUCCACUGGGAUCUGUCAUUUCUGGAACUGGUUUGAAUGCAGAGAAGCUUGCUAAUGUACUGUGUCAAAACAUCAAACACCUGCUACCUGACCUGAGACUUGUAACGCUUGAAGGAGCAGCAAAGUUAGCCGUGGAGCAGGGGUUUGAUUGUGAUGAAGGAGCGGUCUGUAAAAAAACAAUGGCCACAGCAGAGGAAAUUUUAAAAGGUUUGAAUGAGGGAGCUGCCGUUUUUAGGCAAAAGCAGCUGCCACUGCAAGGUGCUUUGUGGAGUAGGUUGGCCGAAAUAGACAAGGAGGAAAGUAGAAGGAAAAAAGAGAGGAAAGAGUUUGAUUUUCAGUUGCAAAAUGAGAAAAAAGACAUUCUGCGCAGUCUGAGCAAAUACAAAAACACUCAGUCAAUGAAGAAUUUCACAAAUGCUAUUUCAACCACAGAUAAAUUUGAGAGAAUGUAUUUCCUCAAUUGGAUGAGGGUGAAACUCAGACUACUACAAAGACAAAAAGAAAUUGACCUAAAAGAUCUACUGAUAAAUCAGCAGACAGAAGAGAAAAGCAGCAUUCCUGAACUAUCAGAGCUUCAGAAUGGCACGAAAGAUCUAUGGCAUGAUAGCACUAGUUUUUGCACAGAUUCAACAUUUGAGGAUGAGGAAAAUUUAGAGUUUACAGAUAGCCAUCAGGUUGUGACUGAUUCAGGGAACGAAGUGGAUUUGAAGUCCAUUUCACGAACCAAAGACAAUGAAAGAUCAGAAUCUCUGCUGAGUGAACAUCUUGACUCAAAUGAAAAAGAAAUCCCAGAUAAAGGAGCAUUGGACGUUCCCGGGAAUAAUUCCAUUGACUCUACCCAUCAAAAGACAACUUCUGUGGGCCAAGUUGCAUCUGUCGAAGGUGAGACAAUAAAAUCGGAACUGCCAUGUUUUCUGGGACUUGAGCACUUUUUUCGUGAGAUGGGCCUAAUUUUUGAACUCACCCAAAUUAAUCCUGGAAGCGGAAGCCAUGAUGAGCUGCGACUCCCCAGUAUUGCUGCUGACUUGAUCCUCAGUGGUGUUCCACUUGAACUCAUGGAUGGUGAUGCUUCAAAUUUACCCAUGCGCUGGCUUUGCAGUGUUCUUGCAGAAAUAGAGCAUCGGUUUCCUCGAGAGCGCUUCAGGACACUCACAAGCCUUGGAGCGCAUCAUGCAAGGAAUGCUGAGAUCCUUUCGGCAUUAUUUGGGGUGAAAUUUCCAGAUGAACCCAAAAGAUCAACUAGAGGAGUGUACAUGGUUGCCCUACAACUACCCACCAAAGUCAAAAAGAAGCUAAACUUUGAUUUUCUCUUGCUGCUUGAUGUUGAGGGUCUUUGCUGUACUUCUUCAGAUGGCCAAAUUAAUGAGAUCAUUGAUAAUGAGAUGGCAACUGUUGCAGCCGGAAUGUGUGAUGUUUUAUUGCAAAACAUCUACUCAUGUUCAGCUUCUGAACUUGAAACAAACCUUACGGUUGCUGUCAAUGCGCUUUUACGGAUUAGAGAAUAUGGCUCAAUGCCCAUCUGCAAGGUUUUAAUUCAGGAUGAAGGGAUUAAUACCAUAUUAGAAGCCACACAAUUAAACCGCGUAUCUAAAAUUUUGCAGAUCAGGACGAGAGAGCAAAGCCUGACGGAUUCUGAUGCAAUUAAUCACAAUUCAAAGAACAAACAUUCAAUUGUCUAUGUUAGACCGUGGUAUAAUGAACCACUCUCAAAAUCAAUUAACAGCCAGCAUAGUGAAGCUGUGCUGAAGUUGAAGCGUACCCUGUUUGGAGCACUAAAGGAAGCAUCUACUCUCUCUGGAACUAGUGGUAUGCCUGAAUUUAUGGGCCGUUUGUAUUCUGUUUGGGAGGCAGUAAAGGCAGAAGCCUCUGUUUGUCUGCAAAAUAAAGACAUUGCUUUUGCCUUUUCUCUGUUUUGCACUGAACUUGCUAAGUGGGAGGAAAUCUUGCUGGACCACAUGGAAUGCUGGCUUACACAAGCAACCAAGACAAUUUCUUCCACCAAACCAGAAGCUUUAGACCCUUCCAGCCAAAACGACUUUCUGUGUGAGCUCAAGUAUGAUGCUAAACGAGAGGUCAAAAGGGAAGUAAACAAACUAAAGUCAAAUAUGAAGGCCAGUUUGAAAGAAAACAAGCUUGAUGUCUACAUUAGAAUACUCAACACUAUCCUCUCGAGUUACAUGAUUGAGCUUGAAGAACGAAUAACUGCAAUGGUAAUAGCAAGGCUGGAAACAAUCAAUGAGAGCCAUUUUUCUUCCACUCAAUUCAACAGAAUCGAGACAAUACUAGAAACUGAGCAAAAUGUCAGACUGCAAGGACUUUUAGACCGCAGUGCAUCAAAAAACCAACUCUUACAUGAUAAAGAACUUGAAGAAGAAUUUGAGGACGUGUGGAAAGAGGCAUUGUCCAAAAUGGAAUUCCGACCUUCAGAAAGCGAAGAUAUUACAGAAAGGGUAAAGAAUAUUCUGGCAGCAAAUAUUGUCAGACAUGGUCCACAAAAGCAUUUGAAUAAGCUUUCGGCCUUCGGCCAAAACCAGACAACCCACUUUAGAGUGGAUGAUCAGUACUUUGGAUACAGCAGCAGAAUGAAAAACCUGUUUGAAAACCAAAACAAGACACCGAAGGCUAAAGCGCAACAACUGUCAAGUAACCUCAUGGACUACUACCAGCAGUUUGUAGCAGAAAAAGUCAGUUUGCCACAAGACUUCUCAGACAGUUACAUCACAGAACUGUUAGAGAUGAUUGAUAAAACUUUGAAGGACUCACAAUUGGAAAUCAGAACGGCCUUUGAGGUUGAUCUGAAAGUCUUCAUAUGUAACGCUGCCUGCAAAGACUUCCAAAGAGUCCACAACCGCUUUGCCAAGGAUGGAGAACUUCUGAAGUCCUUUAAAGCCAAAAAGAAUGCAUAUAUGGCGCAAUUCAUCUAUCAGUUCAGGAAGAGGGACCAGCGUCAGAGAUUUGCCCAAAGGUUCGUUUCUGACAUCAUCCAACCUACAGUAAUGGACUAUGUCUACAGACCUCUCGGAAUGCAAAUUACGGAGGAGAUCCAAAGUAAAGUCAUGCAAUAUCGUUCACCAUGGGCCUUCCAUAAGAGUUUGUUAGAAGAGCUGAUCCAGGUGGACAGGUUUGAAUGCUUUACGGAGUACUUGUUUUCUUAUGAUAUCUUCAGAAUGAGGAAGAUCCAGGAGACAGUUGUGGCUCACUUAUCUGAAUGGAAUGUGAACACAUGGAGGCAUCAGCGCCUUGGAGAGAUCAUUGGAAAGGUUGCAGCAGCUGCGAGCCAAGUAGCAGAAGGCACCAAUGCAGUGUUAAGUGACACCAAGCCAUUGCUGGAGCAGGUGUGCCUCAUUCUGGAGGACGAAGGUGUUCAGAUCCCCUGGGAGUCUCUGAAGGGACCAACCUACAGUAUCAGCACAGAAUGGGAUUGCUUUGUGACUUGCUUCAUGGAAUUACUUGCAGCAUUGCGUUUGGAUCUUGCCCAGACUUUCUCCCAGCAACUGGAAAUUGAUGAACUACUUGAGCUACUUCCUAUUCAACCAAAAGACUGCCUUUUCAACAAAGUCAAUGGCUGUGAGGCACGAUGUCCUCUUUGCAGUGCACCUUGUAGAGUCGAGAAAAUCAGGAAUCAUGUUCACGAGACCUCGCUCCACAGGCCCAAAUGCAUCUUGGGGUCCACUUCUGUGAUCACAUCUGAAAGUACAAUUCUCAAUGACCUCGACACACAAGGUGCAGCUGUGACUUGCUGGGAACUCCAACCCUUCAAUCCAGAGUGGAAUCUUUCACCUGAGGUGACAAGCAGCCAGACACCCUGUCUUUACUGGAGGUAUGUUUUAGCCAGAUUUAAUGAGAGGUUUGCAAUGAAAUACAACCAGAGGCCAGCACUGAUUCCAGAUGAGUGGAAGGCAAUCACACAAGAUGAGGUCUUGGCAAGUCUGAGGGACAACUUCCUUCCCAGAGAAAAUUCAUCAAAGGAGUCUUAA